AUGCCAACAUCAUCUGAAGUAGCAGGCUUAAUAGUUGGUGAUUUCGGUGAAGCGAACUUCGAACGUGACGUUAUUGUAGAGCACCGAACUAAAGGAAUUCAGAGAAUCAGAGAUCUGCAUCCAAAUUUCAUGUCUAUGACGUACCCAUUAAUACACCCUUAUGGUGAAGAUGGAUAUAGACUUGGCAUACCUUUGAGAGACAUAACUGAAAGCUCUUUUAAAAGGCAAAAGUUGACAAUGAGGCAACAUUAUUGCUUUAGGUUGCAGCAAAGAUUAAAUGAGGGUCAUACUCUUCUUCGAUCUGGUAGACUACUGCAACAAUAUAUAGCUGAUUCUUACAUGGAAAUUGAAGAAGAAAGAUUUCGAUAUCCUAAUUUAUUUCUUACUUUCACUUGCAACCCAAAGUGGCCAGAAAUAAAUGACAUGAUCCAUUUAAUAGGCCAAAAAGACGAUAACAAUCGGGCCAAUAUCAUAUGCAGAGUAUUUGAGAUAAAGCUAUUCCAACUAAUGCACGAUCUGAAAAAAGAACAACCGUUUGGAAAGAUAAUCGCAUGUAUAUACACAAUUGAGUUCCAAAAAAGAGGACUGCCUCAUGCACACAUACUGCUUUUCUUGCAUUCGACAUUGAAAAAUCCUUCAGCAGACCAUAUUGAUAAUAUAAUAAGCGCGGAAAUCCCAAACUUAAAUGUUGAUCCUAAUGGUUAUAAUGUCGUCAAUAAAUUUAUGAUUCAUGGACCUUGUGGAAAACUUAAUUCAAAUUCUCCAUGUAUGAUGCAAGAUAGGUGCACAAAACAUUUUCCAAAAAAAUUCAAUGAUCAAACGACCAUCGACACAGAUGGCUUUCCAGUCUACAAAAGGAGAAAUACAGGUAUUCACGUCGAAAAGAAAGGUGUCCUUUUAGAUAAUCGAUAUGUAGUCCAUUAUAACAGGAAUUUGAUUGUCAAAUUUGAUGCACAUAUUAAUGUCGAGACAGCCAGCAAUGAAAGAUUACCAUCCCAUUUACCUGGAGAGCACACAGUAAUAUUCGAAGAAAAUAAAUGUGUUGAAAAUGGUGUUUGCAUACCUGGAAUAGAAAAAACAAAGUUCACUCAAUGGUUGGAGGCAAACAAGAAUUAUGAUGAUGCACGAAAGCUAACUUAUUCAGAUUUCCCUAUAAGUUGGGUUUGGAAUUCAAAGGAGAAAACAUGGACUAGGAGAAAAAAUGGAUUGACAAUUGGAAGAAUUUACUUCACGCAUCCUUCGACUGGAGAACGCUUCUACUUAAGAAUGUUGUUAAAUUUUGUCAAAGGGAGCACUUCUUAUGAAAGUAUUAGAACAAUAAAUGGGGUGACAUAUCCUAAUUUUAAAGGCGCAUGCUAUGCUUUGGGAUUGUUAGACGAUGAUAAAGAGUGGAUAGAUUGCUUGACUGAAGCUGCAAUAUGGGCAACUGGAAAAGAAUUAAGACAUCUUUUCAUCACGAUACUCAUUCACUGUCAGGUUUCUGAUGCAUCACAACUUUGGAAAUCUAAUUAUAUUGCAUUUUCAGAAGACAUAACUUCAUUGCAAAGGAAAAGAUGUAGAAUGAAUGAUCUUAAGUUAACUGAACAACAAGUUGAAGCAUACACAUUGUUCAAGAUUGAAAGUAUCAUGCUGAAGAUGGGAAAAAGUUUGAAAGAUAUAGAUGGAAUGCCCCUGCCUAAUCCAUCUUUGAUAAGAGACUCGGGAAAUAGAUUGGUUAAUGAAGAGCUCUAA